AGACUCAAGCAAAAAUCGCUCUUUCGGAAACAACUAUUCUUCAAACAGUGGAUUAUUGGAUUGUCUUCGUUGGAUUUUAGUGCCAGCAACGAGUAAGUGUCCAAGCUACUGUGGAAUCUUCUUAAGCUUUUAUUUUAGAGCUUACUUUUUUUCACAAACUUGUGAUCGGGACAGGGAGACGUUUCAGGAAAAUUGGUUUUAUGUUUGUAAUAGACUCAGUUUUGAUUCUGUGCAAUAAGUACGAGUAUAAACUAUAGUGACUUUUGUUUUGAACGCGUGCGAACAUACGACUUAAAAUUUACGCAUGUCCUCUCUGUUCACAGACCCCCGGAUAAAAGCACAAUGACUUUGAACAAGGGUGACAAGUUGCGGAACAUGGACAAGAGAAGAGGAAGCAUGCCUUUUCCUAUGAAUCUGCCGAACCUACACCGGAGAAGCAUGCCCGUGGACGACCGGGACCUGCGCGCCACGAUGCCACAGACGGGCCAAACAGACGAACUGUCCAACCUCCUGCGCUGCACAUCCUACUCCCCGAGCGAGCAGCACCGUGGCAGCUGUGCGUCCGACUCCUCCGACUCUGUCAUCUCCACCGGCAGCGAGACCGAGUCCCAGGUCUACAAGGUGGUUCUCCUCGGGGAGCACGGAGUCGGCAAGUCCAGCCUGGCGCGCGUCUUUGGAGGAGUUGAGGAUGCUGGUCACGACUGCGAUGAACCAGGUAAAUGAUGAUGCUGAGGAGGAUGAGUCAUCAACACUCGCAACCCCCACACACUCUUCGUAUGUUCAUUGUCCGGGAAGAUGCAUGUGAUAACUAAGGAUGUCAAAGGUCAAUCCACUCACUUACAAAAAUACACACAAUUAAUUAUGUAAUCAAGGGAGGGAUUGUUAAAAGGAUAAAGAUGCAGUUCUUCAAUAACUGUCACGAUAAGUUGAGCAGCUACUUUCUACUUUACACUACCUCAAAAGAAAUCCUUUAAAAAAUACUAAACAUCAAUAUCAUUUGCAGCUCUAUUAAACCUUUGGUUUUAUUGAUCCACUAGGACAUUACACAAUUAAUGAAGUCCAGCUGAUGGGAUAGAAAAACAAAUCGGGGUUCUUCUCUUUGCAUGAAAGUGGGUACAUAAAUUGAUUAUUGCUAUUUCCAUCUACAGGGAGCAACCAGUUCUGCUCUCAGCUCCAUAGCUGUCAGAAACACAUUCAGUAGCAUAAUGUGGGGGGGUGUAAAAGGCCACUGACUGCUGAGAUCAACUUUCUGCUUUAGUGUGUGAAGACUACAGCAAAAGACAGAAAUGUGCAGAAAUUAAUGUGAAGAAAAGCAAAAUUAUACACUGACAAAAAUAUAUUCUCUUGCUUACUUUUGUCAUUAACGUUAUUUUUCUUUUUCCCCCCUUAGGGAACACCUAUGACAGAUGUGUCCUUGUGGAUGAAGAAGAGGCAUCCAUCAUGUUAUAUGACAUCUGGGAACAGGUGAGUUGUACAUUACAUCAUUUAUGCAACCAAUUAAAGUGAUUCCAUACAUGAAAUUACUCAGAUCGGUAACAGAUGGGAUCAGACGAGCGUGAAGCUAAGAUUGGAAUGUGUUUUUCUCUUGCAGGAUAACAGCCAGUGGCUGAAGGAGCAGUGCAUGAGGAUGGGAGACGCCUACAUCAUCGUAUAUUCAGUGACAGACAAAUCAAGUUUUGAGAAGGCCUCAGAGCUUAGGAUUCAGCUGCGCCGGGCCAGGCAGUCAGAAAACAUUCCCAUAAUCCUUGUGGGCAACAAGAGUGACCUUGUGCGGUCGAGGGAGGUGUCUGUAGAUGGUAAGUCAGUGUUUUUAGCUAACUUUUGAACUGAAAUUAUAUGCCUAAAGUCUCAGAGCUACCCAGAUAAUAAAAAUGUUAAUCCUAGAGGCAGUAGGGUCUGUAGGAAAUGUACUUUAUUUAACAUUUGAAGCGUAGAAGCAUUUCCUGAGGCUUUUCACGAUCAAAUCUGAAGGAGUUGGUUCAGUCUGAUUAGCUAUGCAAAAGUCAGGCUCCAUUUCUCACUUGACUGAGCAGGCUCAGACUCAGGCCUAAAUCCAGAGUACAAUGCAAAACAAAGCAGUCUGGUGAAGAUCUAAAGUAAAAUCACUUCAUAAAUAAUUUAGUAGGGCUAAAAUUUGUUUUGUUUGUUUUAUAAUGAACAUCUUCAAAAGUACUAAUCUUUCAUCCUCUUCAUUUUCUGUCUCAUAGAGGGAAGUGCCUGUGCAGUCGUAUUUGAUUGCAAGUUCAUCGAGACAUCUGCCUCCCUUCAUCACAACGUGCAGGAUCUAUUUGAAGGCAUCGUCAGACAGAUCCGCUUGAGGAAAGACAGCAAGGAGGAAAAUGCACGGCGCAUGGCCAACUGCAGGCGCAGAGAAAGCAUCGGCAAGAAGGCCAAGCGGUUUCUAGGCCGCAUGGUCGCACGCAAGAACAAGAAGAUGGCUUUCAGGCAGAAAUCAAAGUCCUGUCAUGACCUGACAGUUCUCUGAGGAACGGGAACAGACGGGACAGACGGACAUUCUUUUCUUUGGCCUCUGAAGACCAGACGCUGUGUGUGUUUUAACACUAACCCUAAAAGACUAAUAGAGCUGUACAGGAAUAUAUUUUUAUUUUUUAGACACCUACCAAAAGCAAAGAGAGGACCUAAUUAAUAAGGGGAAUAUCAUUAUUGUGAUAAUGGGGAUAACCUGCAUGAAGCUUUGCAACCAUUUUAAUUUAUUUUAUUUCAUUUUUGUCUGCCUUAAACAUGUUGCUGUCAUAGUAUGAUCUGUUUGUAUGAGAAAAUCCACAACAGCUUUUUUUUUUUUUUUGUCUGGUGAGUUGCAAAGAUUGCCUUGUUGUUGGGUUACUUUUGAGCUCCUUUACUGGACAGGAUGGAUGUAUAUAAUAUUGCAUGAAUGAUGCUGAAAGCAACAUACAUCUCAUUAUUCUAAAAAGAUGCAGUAAAGGAUCACAGUGCUAGGUCAUCUGGAGUCAUAUUUACUUGAAGCGUGGUACGCAGGUUCGUGCUUCAGCCAAGUUACUGAGGACUAGACAAGAAUAAGAGAAAAUUUGUGUUGUUAUCUGUUUUUCCAUUACACUAAAUCCGGGUUGUGAAUGUAUGAGUAAAGCAAUAAGUUAUUUUAGUCUUGUGAACCAUGAAAUUAUUGGGGAAUUCUUUGUUUACGUUGAUUUCCUUUUCCAAUAAAAAAUGAAAACAAAA